AAAAUGAAAAAGAAGUGAUAGAUGUUAAAGAGGUGAGGGAAGCCACACUUAACAAAACGCCAACGAAGGAGGGUUUCUGAGAGCACCAGUCUCACGCACGACACAAGUCACAACUCAUCUAACUAACAAUGCGUUAAAACGUUUUUAGAGAGAGAAACUCAGAUAACGCAAAACUUAACUGCUGCUUCUUCUCCUUCUUCUUCUCUCUCAGAUCUGUUCUCAUAAACCCUAAUUUUCCCUAUUUUUCUUUCCAAGAUUCUCUCUUUCUUUCUCCUCUUUACGAUCCUUCCAUAUUCCCCCUUUUCAUCUCAACUUUAUUUUGUCGUCCCUCCAUUUUUAAUCACUUUUUUUUUUUCUUUAUCACUUUCCGUUUGUUUCCCGAGAAAAUCACCUCUCUGACGCCCUGUACCUUAUCCUCUCCGACUUUCUCUCUGCUCUCCAAUCCGUUUCUUGCUCCAUUUCUCCCAGCAUUUAGCUGAUUGAUGCAACUUUCCUGGUUGAUUGGAUUUUCCGGGAAAGUUGGUGAUUUUCCGGGAUAGUAUUUUCCCCUCUCUUUUCCGGGAAACUAAGGAAUUCUAGAUUGCUGAACAACUCGAUGAUGAUUAUGAUGAUGAUGUAGUGGAGUGAAUGAGACCAAACUUAUAAUAAUAACAGCAGCAGUAGUACGAAUGGACGAUAGAGGUGGAUCGUUCGUUGCUGUUAGGAGGAUUUCGCAGGGUAUUGAUCGAAGCAACACGUGCCAUUCAACCUCUGUGAUGAAUCUUUAAAUCGAGAUUGAUCCCGGAUUUUUUACUUGCGUGAUGUUUGCGGAUAUUCAAAAUUGCCUUGCUGAGAUUGUGACAGGAUCAACAGCAUGGCUUGGCAGAGGUCUGUCUUGUGUCUGUGCACAGAGGAGAGAGAGUGAUGCUCGUCCCUCUUUUGAUCUAACUCCAGUCCAGGAGGAAAGCCUACAGAGGUUACAGAGUCGUAUAGAUGUCCCGUAUGAUAGUUCUAUUCCUGAGCACCAGGAUGCUCUAAGGGCUUUAUGGAAUGCUGCAUAUCCUGAGGAAGAACUCCAUGGCUUGAUUUCUGAGCAGUGGAAGGAAAUGGGCUGGCAAGGGAAGGAUCCAUCGACAGAUUUUAGGGGUGGUGGUUUCAUAUCAUUGGAGAAUUUGCUGUUCUUUGCCAGGAAUUUCCCGAAAUCGUUUCAGGAUCUUUUGCGGAAGCAGGAAGGAGACCGGUCAGUGUGGGAAUACCCAUUUGCUGUUGCUGGUGUUAACAUCACAUUUAUGCUUAUUCAGAUGCUGGAUCUUGAAGCAGUCAAACCACGGACACUGGUGGGAGCAACAUUUCUAAAAUUUCUUGCAGAAAAUGAAUCAGCUUUUGAUCUUCUCUAUUGUAUAACAUUCAAGCUGAUGGAUCAUCAAUGGCUUUCCAUGCGUGCGUCAUACAUGGAUUUUAAUACAGUAAUGAAAGCAACGCGCCGGCAGCUGGAGAAAGAGCUUCUGCUUGAAGACCUAACACGGCUAGAAGAUGUACCCUCAUACAAACUUCUUUCACGAUAGUAUCUGAAGACUACUAGCUUUAGCUAGAAGGUGUUUUUGUACUUGAUGUGAUGCACUUAUGAUAUCCAUACCUGCCGUUUCAGCCUUUAACCUUCUAACAUUUGAGUAGGACUGAGACAAGCUUAAGAACGACAUCACGACGAUCUAGAGGCACUGGUAAAACUUUAAAUCUAGUCAGAAGGUGAUAUUCUUGGCUGACACACUGCCGGGGGAGUUUGAAAUAUAGGUUUGCUUGGUACCAAAGAGAUUAGAUUGUAAUGGAUUGCGGUUUGUCUAUAUAUUUCCUUGACGUCCAUUAUUGGGCAAAUGCUGCUUGCAGUCUUGUAUUAGGGGCUGGUGUACUUAAAGUUGCUUACAUCUUGGUGGCCUUGUUUGUGAAAGGAAUCCAUAUGCUGGUUAUUUGUUUGAGUAAUAGAAUCAAUAUCUGAGUUGAUUUUCUCUUUUAAAGUUUUUAACUAAUCAUUUUUGCUAGAAAAUUUUCAAAUCAAUUUUGUGGAAGAAAAUGCAGCUGCUCAACACAUUCGGAUCUCCAUUUGAAAUGGUUACUGUAGACAUGGAGGUUCUUAUAUAGGUACCUUAUCUGUGGAUUCCAUAGUUUCCGAGCCUUAUAAUUAUGGAAUAUCUUGAAUUUGUUAAGCAAGUUAGGUUUUGCUAGAUGACGAUACAUUGGAGGAUGCGAAUUUGAAAAUUAUCCUCUACUGCAAGCUUGAAACACUUUCCAAUUCUAUUUCCAUAGUGAAAUAUGGCCCAACCUCAGGUGUUUGGGUCAUCAUAUCCAUAUCAAUUUCCAUCUCUUGCAUAAGCUA